GGUGAGUCAGCGCAACGACGUCACGAAUCUCCCGCCUCGGAGUCGGCUGAGCUGGACUGCGAACGCUUUCGAACCUUCUAAUGUGUCCAAACUUCGUCCCGAGUGGAAGCACUGUGACAAACUACAAAGUCUAUGCGCCACACUUUGCCGACAAAACCACUAAGGGUCGAACCCGGAAGUAAGGAUGGAACCGCAAACGAAAAGGGACACAACGACCCGGGCAAAUUGUCAGCGGGGAAGCGGGCAGCCCCAAGCCGACGAGAAGGACUCUCGGGCUGGGUGCGUGGGCCAGCUGCUCGCGCUGACCGGCGCCCUGGAGGAGAGAAGAGUGACUUGGGCACAGCGAGCUCAGCUGUUGAGGCUGGAAGAGGCUGUGAAGCAGCCGGGUGAUCAGCUCUGGAGGCUCCACCAGUGUUUAGUGCACAUGGACAGCAUUGCACUCCAGCUCUUUGACUACUACCAGCAGAGGGAUAUGACCACCAACAUGGCAGCAUCACAGCAAGUCAAGGCAGCACAGGUCAAUGGCAAAGAGCUGUCCAAGUCCAGUCAUGAGGAGACGCUGGAGAGCUUUCUCCCCGCCAAGGACCCCGUCGUGGUUCAGGUCAUCCGACGGACCCCCAGUGGCCGACCCCACGGCCCUCCUCAGGAAAUCCAUGUGGUAGAUGUGUGCACACAGACUGACAUCACCUUCGAACACAUCAUGGCGCUGGCAAAGCUGCGGCCUUCGACGCCUCCUGUGCCUGACGUCUGUCCCUUCUUGCUCAGCGACAGCUGUCACUCCCUUCACAACAUGGAGCAGGAUUACUACGAAGGCACCGACUACCUCUCACCACUUCCGGCCGACGGCGAAAGGACGGAAGAGUUGGAAUAUGAGGAAGUGGAAUUGUGCCGGCUCAGCAGCCAAGAAAAGCUUGGCCUGACUCUGUGCUACAGGACGGACGAGGAAGAGGACGUGGCUAUCUACGUCAGCGAGAUCUGUCCCAACAGCAUCGCCGCCAAAGACGGUCGCAUCCGAGAGGGGGACCGCAUAUUACAGAUUAAUGGGCAGGAUGUGCAGGACCGCGAGGAGGCCAUGGCUACACUCUCCAACGAAGAGUGUCGCAGCAUCCUGCUGCUGGUCGCCAGGCCCGAGAUGCAGCUGGAGGAGGCCUGGCUGGAUGACGAGCACAGCGAGUUCCUGGAGCAGCUCAAGAUGGAACUUCUGGAGGAACAGCGGCAUGAGGAGAUGGAGUUGGCCGCCUUCCAGGAGGAGCACGAGAGCGAACAGCAGGACGACGACAAGCCCACUUGCUCGACACUGCCUCAACAUCAGGACAGGGGUCGGGUCCUGAAAGAGAAACUAGACAAUUCCGAGCACAACGUCCUGGCGCACAUCCAGAGGCGCCUGUCGCAGUGCCUCCGGGACAACCGGGACCCGCUCUGCCCGGAGGGCCAUGAGGACGAGGAGGCGGCGGAGGGCGAACGCUUCCAGCAGCUCCUGGAGCUCAAGUGCCAGAUCCGGAACAGCGGGGAGUACGACCUUUUCUACAGCCGCCGCAGCACCAUCGAGUGUAGCGUCGGCGAACCGGGCAGCGUCCAGCACGAGCUGCGCAUGCUCAACGAGGAGCUGCGCAGCAUCGAACUGGAGUGUCAGAACAUCAUGCAGGCGCACAAGCUUCGCAACGGCCAGCGGUCGGCGAGUCCCCAUCGAGGGGAGCCCAGCAAAGGGAAGGUGGCGGACAUCAACGAGAGGCUGGAGAAGUCGGACAAGGAAAGCUCCAGCGCCUACAACACGGCCGAGAGUUCCCGGAGUACCCCUCUGGCUAUGGAUCGCUCCCCGGAACACUCCCUCCAGAGGAUGGUGAGCCUCACCAACCAGAGGAACCUCCGCAGCAGCCUCGCCGCCGGACCCUCGCUCAGUCCCAGCCCCGUCCCGGGUUGCCGGGCCCCGCUCCUUGGCAAGAGCAGCAGUCCAGACCACAGCAAUCCCUCCGAGUCGGAGCAGAUGCUUCAACCCGAGGAGGACCGGCGCCGAGCCAAAUCCAAGCCUCGGGUGUCGCAGAUCCCUUACUUCUCUCCGUCACACAGUUCCCAGCAUCGGCAGGCCAACAUUCCGGCACACGCCCGCCACUACCAGAGCUACAUGCAGCUGGUCCAGCAGCGCUCGGCCGUAGAGUACGCCCAGAGCCAGCUCAGUCUGCUCAGCGUGUGCAACAAGGAGCCCCAGGCACCGCCUCUCCUUCUGGACGAGCCCAAGAUGGAGUGGAAGGUGAAGAUCCGCGGCGACGGCACGCGCUACGUCACCAAGCGGCCGGUGCGUGACAAGAUCCUGCGGGAGCGAGCGCUGAAGAUCAAGGAGGAGCGCAGUGGCGGCAUGACCACGGACGACGACGCCAUGAGCGAGAUGAAGAUGGGUCGCUACUGGAGCAAGGAGGAGAGGAAGCAGCACCUGGUGCGCGCCAAGGAGCAGAGGAAGCGGCGCGAGUUCAUGCAGCGUAGCCGCCUGGAGAGCCUGAAAGAGAACCCGCAGAGCAGCGGCGAGGCGAGCCGCAAGGAGGUCAGCAUCAUCGAGCUUAGCCACAAGAAGAUGAUGAAGAAGCGCAACAAGAAAAUCCUGGACAACUGGAUGACCAUCCAGGAGUUGAUGACACACGGGACCAAAGCUCCGGAGGGGGCGCAGGUACACAACGCCUUCCUGUCAGUCACUACUGUGUAAAACAAACAGGUACUUUCUACCCGCGGUGGUAUUAAUCUAAUUGCCUCGUUCAAUGUGGCGUUUUUAUGAGGACAAUAGGAGUAUUUUUCACACUUUGUACACCCAAAUAGCAUUUUGUAAAGAGUUUAUCUGUGGCGGUAUGGCAUUCCCUUUGACAUUUUUCUACACAUUGAUGACAUUGUCACCUAUUUUCACAUUUUCUGCCAAACUAUACAACUCAAACGUGUUUGUUUGGUUUCUGUGUCAUGUUUCAAUGCAAAACCCAGCGAGUCUCAUUGCCUUUUUGUCAAAUAUAUCCCUUCAACACCCAAGUCUCUACACCAGGGGUCACCAACCUGAGAGAAACUGACAGCUACUUCUUGGGUACUGAUUCAUGCGAAGGGCUACCAUUUUAAUACACACUUCUGAAAGGAAAAUUUGCUCAAAUUGCCUUUAUUUAUGUUAUGUCUAAUAAUGAUUAGGGCUGUCACUGUUGAAUCUUUUUAGAAUUGAUUAUCCUAUAGAUCAUUCGAGGAAUUGCCACUCUCAUUUAUGACAACUGGACUUCUAUCCUUAAACUGCAUAUGUUGUACUGAGUGUAUGGUGUAAACUGUACAGAAUUUGAGGCAACAAAAAUACAUUCAUACAUCGUUGUAUGUAUCUUACACAUUUAAUAGUGUCUUAAAAAUCACAGACCUCUGUCGUUUUUGGCAAUGUUUUUCACUGGUCCAACAGUGCAUCCGUCUACAACAAAAGUCUGUGUUUUAAACAUGGACAGUGGCCACAUGGUUCCGGGCAACACAAAAUGGGUCCGGGCGGCGUAAAUAUGCUUUUAUUCAUAUUUUUUAUUGCCUUUAGGCAGAAAUUGUUGCAUCGACCAAUUUUUGUGGCCGACUUAGCCGAGUUAGACGAUUUUUUUUUUUUCACAGCUCUAAUAAUGAUAUUCAUCGAUGUUAAGACACUGAUCAUGUUAAUGAUUUUUCACUAAUUAUCAACAAUGAUUUAACAAGAAAUCACUGAUGGUGUAGCGGUACACUCGCCUGACUUUGGUGCGGGCAGCGUGGGUUCAGUCCCCACUCAGUGACGGUGUGAAUGUGAGUGCGAAUGGUUGUCCGUGUCUACAUGUGCCCUGCGACUGACUGGCGACCAGUUCAGGGUGUAGUCUGCCUUUCGCCCGAAGUUAGCUGGGAUAGGCUCCAGCGUCCCGCGACCCUAACCGGGAUAAGCGGUGUUGAAAAUGGAUGGAUUUAACAAGGUAGGAAAGAGAUACAAAAAUCAAUAUUUCUUCUUCACUUUAUUUCUAUAAAUCUCUACAAAUGUUCACAUUUUUAAGUGAUGACUUCUGCAACAUUCUUAGAAAAUUACAAUGUCCCAUCAGGCCCGUGGGCUACUCAUGUGGACCUUGGGAGCGACCUGGUGCCCGCAUGCACCACAAUGGUGACCCCUGCUGUACGCAAUAUUUACAGGGUCCGAUAUCCCAUGUAUUGUGACAACUCCAUCCCCAUAAAUUAGAAUAUCUUAGAAAAGUAAAUUUAUUUUAGUAGUUAAAUUCAAAGUGAAACUCAUCCUAUACUAUAUAGUCAUUAAACAGAAGGCCAAUUCCUUCAUAAUUUAUAUAUUCAAAACCUGUUUGAUUGGUUCUCAUGUAAUAUUCCAAUUUCUUGAGGUGGUGAAUUUUUGCCUUGCGGUUAACCAUCAUCCUCAAAAUCACCCCAAAAAAAUAAUCAUGAAAUAUUUCAGUGUGUGGAGUGAAUCCAUAUUAUGAGUUUUACUUUUUCAAUUGACCUACUAAAAUAACUAUUUUCUACAAUAUUCUAAGUUAUUGUGAUGCACCUGUAUGUACCCUCAAUGGACACUUCAUUAGGUACAGCCUAAGAGCUGUUUCCCAAAUUUUGCCUUGAUGAAGAUGAUAAGCUCAUUAUUUGAUAUUACGCAAUGUUAUAACACUGAUGACAUGAGUUUCUAUUACCUGGCAGGUGUACCUAAUAUUGUGCCCGGUGAGUGUCCACAAACUAUUGCAAUAACAAAGUUAUUCCAGCUGUCCCAGUUCAGGUAUAAGAGAUACAAAUCCAUAACAAAAAGCUUCAUAUUUAAAAGACAUAAUUUUCUUUAUUUUUGUUGCAUUAUUCCGAUUGUUUUUCUUUCUUGAUGGAUUUCUGUUCCAUACCUGAAUUGUAUAGUUUACCACUGAGCAGGACUCAGCUGAUUGGAUCUCUUAUUAUAAACUCAAAUUGAAGUUGUAGUUUAUUUCCAUGUGAAGUCAUUGCUUAAAGAAGGAAAUAAUGUAAAUUUCACAUAUGGAGCGGAUCCCUUUGUCUUUGUUUUGAGUCCGUGUGCCAUGGUUUCACGUGAACGCGUAGUCGGCAAAUGUGUAGCCAGUUGAGAAAAAAAAAAAUGUGAUGAUGGUGCUCUUUGCAAAAAUAAAUGAUAAUAAAUUGUAAAAAAAAAAAAAAAUUGCUUUUGAGGCUGAGCUGCUUGU